UCCAACAUUGUCCAAAUCCACUGUGUCUCACCUACCUAAGCAUGGGCACACAGGUGCUAGAACAGGACUGAAGGGGCAUCUGGACUUUCUCUAAUACAUUUUUGGGGGGAUCAAGCAUGUGAACUUUAACACACCUCCACUAAUGAAGUGAAGAUACCAAUUAAGUUUUUUGUGGCUUUUAUUUCUCCCCACAGAUUUUUUUCACAAACUAUCUGGUUGUAUUAUUCCUUAUUUACUUUUGGAUAACAAAACCACCUUUCUUCAUCAAGAAUUAUCUUACUGUCUCUCCUUUGAGAAACACUCAUCAGAAUACUCCAUCUCCAGUUCAGAAUUCUACCUGCUCCGCUUGAAGUUCUUCCAGGCUUACAUUACAUUUACAUUUAAGUCAUUUAGCAGACGCGCUUACUGUUCUUCACCUUUGACCCGAUCCUUUCUCAAGGCUGCCUUUAUCAGAUCGCUCCAGCAGUCUGUUGCUGCACUCUCCUUCUUCCCCUCAGAUCCCUUCAUCACCACAUUCCUCAUCCAAUUCUCACAGUGACCCUCGGAGCCUCCGUGGACUCCCACUAACACCAUGGUGCUGAUGAAGAUGAAGUUCCCUUUUGAGAAGAGAAUGAAGCUAGCCCAGGGGCUGUGGCUGCUCUCCUGGAUGGCCACACUGGCCGGAGCGUUGACUUUCACCCUGGGCUGCUUCCUCAAGACCGAGCUCCGCAGGAGGGCAGAGGUAAUGGACAACACAGAGAUCCAUGCUGUGCCCAACACCCUGAUGAUAGUGGGUCUGGCCUCUCUGGGUAUCAACUACUUCGCUGGCCGUAUGUGCCAGGAUGCCCUGGAUGCCGGACGCUUCCCCCGCUGGAAAACCUUCCUACAACCCUACUGGGGAGUCUCCCUCUUUUUCACACUCCUCAUGCUGUCGACUGUGAUCAUGAGCUACGCUAUGAAGGGGAAUCUGGAGUGGUCCCUGAAGAUCGGCCUGAAGAACGGCAUCCGCUUCUACAAGGACACAGACACACCCGGCCGCUGCUUCCAGAAGCAGACCAUUGACCGCCUGCAGAUGGAGUUCCAGUGCUGUGGAAACACCGACUUCAAGGACUGGUUCGAGGUCCAGUGGAUCAGCAACCGCUACCUAGACUUUAGCUCUAAGGAAGUGAAGGACCGUGUUAAGAGCAACGUGGACGGGCGUUACCUGUUUGAUGGGGUCCCUUUCAGCUGCUGCAACCCCAGUUCCCCAAGACCCUGCAUCCAGGACCGCCUCACCAACAACUCAGCCCACUACAACUACGAGCACCAGACCGAGGAGCUCAACAUCUACAUCCGCGGCUGCAGGGAGGCUCUGGUCAAUUACUACAUGGGCCUGAUGAACACUAUUGGUGCUGCGGUGCUGUCCAUCUUCCUGGUCCAGUCAUCAGUGUUGGUAAGUCUGCGGUACCUGCAGACAGCCAUGGAGGCGGUGGCAGGGCAGGAGAACACUGAGAUUGAGACCGAGGGCUACCUGCUGGAAAAAGGGGUGAAGGAGACGAUCAUGGAGUACGUGACUCCUAUGCUGGUUUUCCUUCAGCUGAACCAGGUGGGAAGUGAGGACGCUGAAGCUGGGGAGACCCCCGCCAAAUAAUGAGGAGAAAUCUAAAUGUUUCAAACUGGGUGGUGUACAGGGCAAACAUGGCACUUUAUUGGGUGAUAAAUAAUCUAACUAGACACUGAUCAAUUCAUUUGGUAUUUCUUUGAUAUCACAAUCCAUUCCAAUGCUGAUAUGUUUUACCCCAAAUGAGUGAUUUGAAUGUUGUAAUCUAUUUCAGUCACUUGGGGGCAAAUAUAUUUUUGUAUCAGUUGUCCCAGUCUGAGCUUUAGGUACCCAUGGCCACACACACACACACACACACACAUUAAACACAUUAACGUCACCCCAAGCCCUCCAUAAUCCUUUCAUGAUUAAUGAAGCUAUUUGAUGUUCAGUCAAUUCCAUGUACUCCCCAAAGGAGAAAUAAAGAACACAAUUGUUUUAUUUAGAACCGGGGAUUGACGUACUAUUAUUUCUACCGGUCCACAAUCCACCUUGAAGGAAAAUUUGGUUGUGGUUCAUUAAAAGAUAAUUAAAUUGAGAAAGAUACAAAACCAGCUGUAACAUGGUCAUGACAUGAAUUAGUUGGAUAUGUUCAAUUACUUCACAAUUUCAGUGUUCAAUAGUCAAUACCACAAUAAUAUCAUGGUUGACACUUACAAUGUAAAGAUAUUUCCAAUUACUGAAGGAUAGAGCUAUGUCAGAUUGAUAAAGACACAAAUAAAAAAAAUAGAAUUUUGAGGAAUACUUGCAAUGUAAAGCUGACUGUAGAACGAUACACUGCUCAUUGUUCUGCUACUUAACACUUAGCAAAAUGACAUACACAGCACUGUACUACAGAACUAUUAUGACAGGGAAUCUAUUAAAGUUGACCAUUUUGAAUUGC